AUUUCCUGGGGUAUAAGAGGCGCUGGAAAAUCAUUUUUUCCACUCAAGGGGUUCCGGAGAGAGAAUUUACCGCAGGUAAUCUCUUCAAUUCUGUCAAAAGAGAACUCCAGCACAGAAAACCAUCCGUGAUGGCAGUCACAAGAACCUUGCUUGUACUCUUGUUCGCUUUUGUUUUAAUCGUUCACUCUCUAAAGCGAGACUCAGCGUCAGAUUCCACUUCUCUCCUUAAUGAGCUGUUGAAGUCUUCCUUCGCAGGUAAGCUCCCCUCUUUUGUUUAGAAGUUACAUGUACCAAAUUUUAUUAAAAUACAGGAUUACACUCACGAUAUAAUCAAGCUAAAAGGUCAGUUUUUGCGACAACCUUGUCCAAUCGUAAAAAGGACGUACAGCGAACCUAAGGGUUUUUAAUGCGGUAAUAUCAUGUCAUCACUUUUGAAGUAAUGUAAGCACAGUUUUAUUACAUGCGCAAUAAUUGAGAUAUAUUUUAGAGGCACUUCCAAGACAGAAAAAAACUCCGAUUUCUACGAAGGUGGGAAGUAAAUUAUUGGUUCGAAAUAUAUCCUAGACUACGGGCAGAAUCUCGUUUCUCUUAGUCCAUUCUGUAGAAAAAGAGCCUAGACUGCUUGCACUCCAGAAAUACGCGAGAGGCUCGUAAAACCUGGGCUAAAUUUUGGUUUAAUGUCAACACGAGAAUUGCUUUUUUCUUCUUCUUACAAACCAGCUUCAUGAUGAAUUUUUUAAAUUCUACAAUUUUAUAUAGAAAAUUACCAAUUUCAAACAAUCUGGUAAAGUCAAUUAAAUAGUCGGAGGUUAGAACAACGUACCGUGGUUUCGAGAAUCGGGAUUCUACUGUAAAUUUCAUAAAAAAAUAAAUUUCUGAUGGUUUGCUAAUGUUUUAUUUCAGACGCUGAUUUGCAACAAGAAGAUUUUUACGGAAUUCGUAAGUGAUAAAUUACUUUUUAUGAAACGUAUGGUAAGGAGACUGGUCUCGCCCGUGAUAAAUGCAACUUUGACACUUUUUAAGCAAAAUUAGACUUAAUCACAUGUUUUCGAGAUAAACUGAGUAGACUGUGCUUUUAUAUAACUAUAUAACCUUUCUUUGAUUAUAUAAACACUAUGCCAUGGUAUAAAUUAGUUUUAUUCUUUGCUGUAGGCGAAACCCAUUUCUGUACCAUUUACAUAAAACCUUUCAAGCAAAUUUAUCACAACAUGACUCUACCUCCCCUUUUCGCAGCAUGUAAUUCCAAAUUUUUAAGUCUCUGGACGAAAUGGUCUGAACAUUUCAAUGCACAAUACCUCCUCAACAGUUAUUUGACAUUGUGCCAUCAGUUUAGUGUGUCCCUGACUUUUUUAAACUUUGUAGACAAAAUCCUAUGAUGCGACCAUUGAACUGAUAAACUGAACUCGAUCUUUAGCAAUUGUGUCACACCAAUAGAGAGAAGAAGUCGUUACGUCACAUUACCAUGUAGCAAAACUUUUGGAUGACAACAAACCGAAAAUUCACUUAAAAGAGAGUUCGCAGUCUGAUUAAAACUUCAUCGAUCUUAUUCAAUUCCAUUUAAUCCAUCAAAUGUUGGCGACAUUUCUGGGGUUGAAUUCGAAGGGAUCUUACCUAAAUUUAGAAAAAGAAAGAGAAAAUUCUCGUCUCGUGUUCACCUACUCCAUAAAGCAGGCGCGUGAAAUUAGGAAGUUUCAUGUCGCAGUCGUGCAACGACGGCAAAGAAAUGUGCAAAAAAGAGCGAUACACGUGCAAUCUUGUUGUUUUGCAAAUUAACACCGAUUGGUUUUCACUUUCGUGUUACCCUCGUCUUUGUUGUUGCUUACGCUGCUUAUUGUUGUGGUCCAGACAUUUUGCUACCAUAGUAACGUGACGUCACACUCCUCCUCUUUAUAGAUAUUGGAUACUUUAUUUUGCUCCUUUAGCCUUUCUUUCUUUCUUUCUUUUCUCCUUCGAUUUCUUCCUUACCUUCUUCCUUGACCAUUUAUUUCUUUCUUAUUCAUUCUGUCCUUCCUUCCUUUCAUUCUUUCUCUCCAGCUGGUUGCAAGAAUGAAUUUUCCUUUAAGUUUUGUAGAAGAAUGCGCAAAUAUUGUGGUCACGGAGGCAAAAAUGGUCGCUAUAUGAGAAGCAAGUGCAGAUUUAGCUGUGGCUGUGUAUAAAAACAGGUAAGUUUAUAGAAGAGAUCCGUUUGUUUAACUCCAAAUAAUUAAGCCCAUUCGACACGAAUCAGGACACAGUAUGGCUGGUAUCAGGAGCCGAUUACUCCUGCUGGUAUUUUUUACUGAAAUAGCAAAAUGUAAUUUGUUUUAGCAUAGUUAACGUAUUUAUUCUAAUAAGCGCGGCUCAACCUCGAAUUAGCGCCCAUCCUAUAACAAGGAAGAAACAAUUAAUAAGCACCCAGCCUCGAAUAAGCACCCACCCCCACCACACCUCCCUCCCAUUCCCUCUCAAACUCAAAUAGGCGCCCACCGCCUUCUCCCCUCCCCCCCCCUAAAAAAAAAAACAACAGAAUUGAACAAGUACUUAUAAGAAACUUCCCCGAAGACGGAGUUUUCUUCAGAGUGUUUUACAGAAACUUGCUUUGUCACGUCUUCGCGUUUUGUUAUUACAAUUUAAUGUUUUUUUGCAAAAUAUACAUACUAGGCUGCUGAAAAUGGUGAACAUUUAAUAAGCACCCAACCUCGAAUAAACGCCGACAACAAAAUUUAGUUUGGAAGUUUUUACAGGUAAAGCUUUAUCUAUCCACCAUUAGUAGUUGUUAUUUAUUUCAGUUUCAAAAUCAUUUGUUGAUGUUGUUGUUUUUUGUUUUAUAGACUGCUGUUUACAGAAGCUUAGAGGAGCUCAGUUGACUUUUACGGACAAGAAAAACAGAAAUUGUGCACUUCAAAUUGCUGUAACAAAUUUCUUGCAUACACUGGUGUAUGAAUAAACAAAAUGAACGA